GAUGUCAUACAUUUUUAAACAAUCCACGGCGCGCAGGGUUAAGAAAUUGCCCACUUGAAGUAUAUAAUAACCUCCUGUUUCAGCAAAACCUAUUUAUCUGCAGCCAUGAUGCGCUCACUUUGUAGGAUGGAGCUUCAGAAGAUUAUUCAUGAUGCACUGUAUGACUUCGUCCGAUCACAUAUCCCGCAUGCAGAUCUGAGCACCCUGGACGAUGUGCUGCUUUCCUACAUCACUGGUGUGCUGGAAGAUUUGGGCUCCCAAGCGAGCGUUGAAGAAAACUUUGACGUUGAGGUGUUUGUUGAGAUGCUUGAAGCUUACAUUCCAGGCUUUUCCAACAUUGAUUGUGUUCAGGUCUGUGAAAUGAUGUUUAGCUUGGCCUCGAAAUUAGCCACAGCACGGAAUGAAGAGUCUUUUGAGUUGAAGACAGAAGAUGGGAAUUGUUCCUUGACCCCUGCUAUAGAGCAAAGAGUCCCCAUGCAAAAGACACACAGCAACUCAUCACAUGUAGAGGGAGCCACAGCCAAGGUGAGCACUUCGGAGUGGGAUGAACAGGAACAGCACCUUCUGGAGAUGUUUCCUAAGUGUAGCGUGACCGAAGCCAGAAGUGCGUUAUCUAUUGCUAAAGGAGACAUGGAGGAAGCAGUUCGACUCAUCAUUGAGGGAGAUGUGCAGCUCAGUCCCACUCCUCCCCUCAGUGGAAGCCAAGGGAAGACUGUUUCUGCACAGGCUGAUGAGAAGCUUAAAGCAAAUAUUUUAGAAAAAUACAUGUUGGUAGAUAGUGAGGAAGAUAAGAAAAUACACAGACCGUUUGUUCCAAAAGACGCUCCAAAGAAGUUGGUGCGUUACCAUGGCAAUCAAGUGGUGACUACCAAGGGAGAGCGCUACCAUCUGGUCAAGAAAGAUGAAACGGAAGAAAUGAAAAAGACUUAUGUUAGCCUUAAGCCAGCACGCAAAUACCGCUUUCAUUGAUGUCUGUACAAUUACACAUCUGGUUUUUAAAUUUAUUUAUGACUGGAGUGAUUUGGCCUGUUUGUUAGCUUUUAUGUGAGUUCAUAUUUUUUACACUUUUGUCUCUUUUUCUGAUUCAGACUCUAUUCAAUUCUAACUGCACUGACCGAAUCAAAUCUUUACAAAGAUUUGUUUUGGGGAAAGGUUUUACUUUUUGUGGUAUUUUUGGUUUAAUUGUGUUUUAUGUACCAACACCAGUUCUAUUUCACCCCUCCUAACUGCCAAGGGUGGUUUAAAAAAAAAAAAAAAAAAAAAGGAUUUCUUUGUGUGUGCGCCCAUGUUCCGAGACCUUCCACAGUCACAAAGUGGCAACCAUCCUCCCCCUUUUCUUCAAGUACAUGGAGCGGUCCACUUAUCAGCGACAGGUGACUUGUUCUCCAAAGCUAGGGAUAGCCUCCUCUCCUUCUCUUCUACCUCGGUGAGUGUACUUCUUGUACAUUAUAAGUAUUUUUCAUAGAAUGCUAAAGAGCACCGUGGUGCUCAGCAUUACUACCUUGUGUCACUCACCGCAUUGAUUGCUACCUUAAAAAGGUCACAUUCCGUGCCAUCUAGGGAACUACCAGGCCACUAAUCCACAAGAAUGUAGUGUCUGACCCCGGACAUCCUCUGUGCUGACUGCAGCAAACUUGAUGUCGAUGUAAACCUCUAAACCAGCAGAUUUAGACCCUGGUUCAGAGGUGAAUCUGGCCCAAGCCCUGUAGCAUACACAGCUUGCUAGCUGCAAAACGCCUACAUCUAGCGAUGACUGAUAAGCUUAACAAAAAGCCCAGAAAGCAAUCUGAGCUGUUCUCUAAAUGAAUUAACGACUUGGCAGCAGACAUGGUCAGUGAUUCAGGAGCUGAGACCGUACAACUCAGAGGCUCUGAGUUUUUAACAGAGCUCUCCUUACAGUCCAGUACAGUCCAGGAAACUGUAUCCAUCAUGUGCUGGAGACUGACUUGCUAGUAAUCACUUCAGCUAAAAAGAGUUGGAGAAUUACAUGCUCUGGCAAUAAGCGUACUUUGCAUGUGUUGAUGACCAGAUGAUUCUGGAGUGACCUUGUGGUUGAAUCUAGGAUGUCUGCCCAAAGUCAUAUAACCCAAUUGUUGAAUUUGUUGACUGACCUUGCAGCCUUCAGUGAGGGUGAGCCUGCUUGCUGUGGUACACACCCUACAGUAUUUUCAAAAAAUUGAAUGGUGUCUAGCUAAUCCAUAGACAAAAGACGCCUCUGGUGUAAACAGAAGCUGGCCCACAGGGUUGGUGGACAUCGUCAUCGUGGCUUGUAAAAGGGCUGGACGCCCAGCCCCUGCUGUGACAUGGCACUCUACGAGGAGGGUCUCGUCAUCUUUAGGCAUUAUUUAGCGGCUUCUCCAGGAAGUCUGUGCUGCUGCUACUACCUGGACGUCACCAUGCACCUUCUCUAGGUUCUACAAUGUUACAGCAGUGGCGUGAAUCCUGAGGUUAUCUCUGAGCACUAUUGAGGGUAGUCCUGUUCAUGACAUUGUUGGCAUUCCCACCCCUGGUCGUUAGGUGGGAUGAACUAGAAUUUUAGUUACUUAUGUAACUGUGCUUUUAUGAAUCCCUGAUAAAUGCCAAAGUUCCUUGUCAUUUGAAAACAGUGCCAGCUCAGCGAGAAGGUUCCAGGGUAAGAUGGCUGUAUUAUGGUGGUAUUUAUUGAAAAUACUGCAUCAUACAUCACUAUGUGACUUUGAAAGCUCUUGGGAUGUGAUUGCACACACUCAAGAAGGCACCAAGGUGUCCCUCGCUGCCCCUAGUGGUUGUCAAGGGUUCAUAUACAGUCAGGUCCGUAAGUAUUUGGACAGUGACACAAUUUUCAUAAUUUUGCCUACGAUUUAUCUCUUUAAUUUGUCAUGAAAUAAUGAGGAAACAGGCCACCCCUGGCCAUGAAACUGCGUAUCUGUCAAUUGUCCAGUUACUUUUGAGCCUGUGAAAAUGGAGGGACUAUGUAAAAAAUGGUAUUUCCUAAAUGUUUAAUGCAAUAUUUUUGUUAAACCCCUUGAAUUAAAGCUGAAAGUCUACACUUCAA